GUUAUCAGUGUUCUUCUGGAAGUGGGGCACUGUUGUAGGGGCCAUGUGUAUUACCCUUUUCUAAGAAUUGCAAUGUUAUGACAACCCUAUUUGGGAGCAGAGGACAUAUGACAGGAAACUACAGUGAGAGGCUUGGCCAGAAGUUCAUUAGUUGAAGGCUGUUGUUGGGUUAAACGAGUGGGCGUGACCAACAAGUCCUAUAGAACGCAUCUCAAGUGGAACAGACGACACAUUUAGAAGGUCUCAGAAUGGCAGGAGUCGUCAGAAAGAUCAUUGCCGGUAGAAAUCCUGCGAUUCCGCUCAGCCAAGCUGUCAUAGUCGGGGACACCAUGUACAUAUCGGGGCAGCUUGGACUAGACCCAAGCACACCGGGCAAGUUCGUACCAGGAGGGGUCGUCCCAGAGGCGGAGCAGGCACUGAAGAACAUGGGCUCGAUUCUCAAAGCCGCCAACAUCGACUACAGCCACGUGGUGAAGGCGACCGUCCUGCUGGCGGACAUCAACGACUUCGCUGCCGUCAACGAGGUGUACAAGAAGUACUUCCCGGCCAACCCGCCCGCACGUGCCGCCUUCCAGGUCGCCGCCCUGCCGCUAGGUGGGCGGGUGGAGAUAGAGGCCAUCGCCAUCGUUAGUGCCAUAGUGGACCGCCCAGCUUCUAAACUGUAAACACUGGACGUGACUGUCCCCUUGCAAGCUUUUGGUAUCCUGAAUUGAAGAACGGCAAACUGGAGUGGACACUCCUACUACCGGGUACCCUGGGAGCCAGCCGGGAUCGGGCAGCUAGGACAGUUUAUUCGGUGGCCCAAGACAGUCAGGCCCGCCAAGCUCAUAUUAGCACCCCGGGCCCCUAUUAUGUCCAUCUGCCCUUUGGGCUUAAACUCCCCCGAGCACUAAAUGUCAGAUCAGUGGGCUGACUGCCUUGGGUCCCCGAACAAAACUCGCCAGCUACCCGGUCCUGUCUGGCUCCCAGGGUAACUACCGGGCUGAAACGACAACGCUCUUCUAGUUCUAGUUCUAGCUCAUAGUCUGCAAAUUACCUGGUAGGAUCACGCAGGCUCUACUCUACUCAUAAACAAGCACAAAAUAUUCUCAAGACAAGACUCAAAUAUGUUUGAUAUUCUCUGCGCGUCAGAUCGCCAAUUUCUCACGGUAGCCUGGAUGCCGGACUGUUUUCAGGGGCUACACAGGACAGCUCCUCUGAGCUAGGGUGAACAUGCACCGAAGGAAUAAUUCUACAACAGGCCCUUCUGAGUAAAACCCUGACACGAUAGAUGCUAUUGAAUUGAGAUCAUGUCGAGGGUCAGGCGUCCAGUUUCUGCUGCAAGCUUUCUACAAAUGAUAAUUAUCUACGGAUCCGGUCCAGAUAAGGACGCUGGGAACGUCUUAUGUUUUGGAGAAAGCGACGGAUAAAAUGAAUAAAUAUGCUAAUUAUGAGAUCUUGACUUCUUUUUUGUUUGUACAUCCUUCAUAUUCAUCUUGAAUAUUUUUGUAACUUUGUCUCAGAGGCAAGUGAUUCUUUGGAAUAGCGCUAGCCUGCUGACAAGCCAUCCUUAAUCUGGGUGGUAAACUUAACGUUAUUUAAGUUAUAUACUAAAUUUUUGUAAGAGGUAAUGAUAUUUUUGGUAAACGUUUAAUAAAGGUUAGGAUGUUUUCGGUAACAGCGUUCGUGGGUUUGUGGGGAACAGUCAUCGAGUCGUUUGCUAUAUUGAGGUAGGUACUCUUUAGUAAUGCAUGAAUAAGUGUUUAAGUCUUGAAGAAAUUAUUAUUGAUUAGAUAAUGAUCAAGUUUAUUGCAAAUU